GCAACUUAUUGUCCGACCCAUCCCACUUCAUCACCGCCGCAAUGCUUCCCAGCCGAGGAAUCGUGCGCUCUUUGCCUUCGGGCGCUUUCCAGAGGCCAUGUGGUCAUUCUAUGUCAAGGACCCUGGGUAGAAAAUUCGAUGCUCGACAGUUCGGUACAGCGAUGAAGAGCGCUCGCACACCUCUUACGGCUGGGACAAGAGUUGGUGUCAGGAACAUUUCUGCGCCCAUUGUUCUUGGAGGCAUUGCUUCGUCAAGGCAACUCUCGCUCUGGGGUUAUAACAUCUAUGGGAAGAAGAAGACAGAAGAGCCAGCUGUUGAAGCCGUCACAACGCCAGAAGCUCCCACUCCUCCCGAGACUAUCGAUCCUACACCCAUUAACGAAGCUCCUACUCCUGCCGCCGAUAAGUUCGCAGAUGUGACACAGUCUGCUGAACCAUCUUCCGUUCUGCCCUCCGAAUUCGACCUCGAACGCAUUGCCGACCUCGCCAACCCCAGCAUUCUCACCAUGCCCGAGAACAUUGGUUUCCUGAAGGAGAUUGGCCUCGACUAUGGCUGGGGUCCUACGUCAGUUAUGCAAUGGGUUCUUGAACACGUCCAUGUGUAUACCGGUCUUGGAUGGGGUGGCUCCAUUGUCGCAACUGCGCUAUUAUUACGUGUCAUCAUGAUCUAUCCUCAACUUCGUAGUGUCAAGUUCAGUGCUGCUACGGCUAAGAUGAAGGCGGAUCCUCGAGCCAAGGAAAGUCUGGAGCUUAUGAAGAAGGGUUAUCAGACAGGUGAUCGGGAGAUGGUUCAAAAAGGACAGUUUAUUGGUAACAUGGUCCGAAAGGAAUACGGCACCGAGGUCAAGAACAUGUUCUGGGCUUUUGUACAGAUUCCCUUCAGUUUUGGUCUCUUCCGAGUCAUCAACGGCAUGAUUCACAUCCCAGUUCCUUCUAUGGAGAACGCCGGCUGGGCCUGGUUCACCGACCUUACGGCUGCCGAUCCCUUUUACGCCCUGCCUCUUGCUGGUACCGUUCUCCUGGUCGGCACCUUAAAGCUCAACUCUAAAUACACACCCCCUGAGCAAAAGGCCAUGAUGAAGAACAUGGUCUACGUCAUGAGCGCAGUCACCCUAUUCGCUACAAGCUUCCUCGGCGCUGGUGUCAACCUCAUGAUGGUUUCCACUGGAGCUGCCACCUUCGUCACAGCCGCCAUUCUUAAUAACGAGUCCGUCCGUCGGGCUCUCGAUCUUCCCAUCCCCAAAAUCGAGGAGCCCGUCUACAAGCCUCCCCGUGUCACUCAGGCCAAGGGUAUCGAGGGUCUUCGUGAGCGUCUCACCGACAACCUUGACAACAUGAAGAAGAGCGUCUCCGACCAAGUCGGCAACAUGACGAAUCAGUACAGCGGUACUGCUGAGGAGCGAGCUGAGAAGGCGAGAAAGGAGCAGAUUCAGAAGCUCGAGAACAUGCGACGAAAGUUGGAGCGUGAUGAGUUUGAGAAGAAGUACAAGCGAUGAGCAAUUGUAUCACAAAUAACUGUAAAAUAAGGAUAAACUUGUACACUGUUCAACUGGAUCAGGCAUUGUAUAAUAGGCAUUGGAGGGGAGCGACAUGAUACCGCGGGGGCUUUUGCAUGACUGGAUAUAAAAGUGUCUGCAUGUAUCUAUCGAUGUAAUAGAAACACAACCUAACCAUCCCAAUUAAUCUGUUUAAAGAC